AUGCGCCAUGUUCUAUUAAUCAUCUUGGCGUAUAUUAUAUAUCCUAGCACAGAAAGUGAGUUCUUUUUUUUCUGAAAAUUUAAUAAUCCUCUAUUUUUUCAGAUCACUUCAAUUCACGGGUAAACAAAUAUGGAAAAGUAUCAUUUUAUAAUAGUCGUAGCAAUUUUAUUCAAUUUCAUUGCAUGGGUAAGUGUAAAGAAAACAACCAGUAAAAAAACAUUUUCGAAAAUAUUCGAAAAUUUUCAGGCGUCGAAUAUUCGAUAAACAUUGAACCAAACAACGAUAUUAUUCAUCCAGAUUUAGAUCUCAAACAUAGCGAAUAUAAAGGAAUUAUUAGAGGUUAAUAUUUUCUGACCAUAAUUCAAAAAUUUUAUUUUUUUUUGCAGAACCAGUUUAUGGGAUAGCUACUCUCUCAAAAAUUGGAACUAGUUAUGUAGGCGCAUUGUCAUUUCUAAAUGAUACGAUAUAUUUGGAACAUUCGAGUAUUCACGAGUUGGCAGAAGAUAGGUGAGUUAUCUUUGGAAUGUCAUUUUCAUUUUUGAAUUCCAAAAUGUUAUUCUUUCAGUGAAGUCAUAUGCUAUUCUGCGUCUGACACCAAACAUGAUAUUUAUCCACAUAACACUCCUUCAAUCGAUUAUGUUUUACCAAUAUUGGGAUUCUCGUAUCCAAAAGCAAAUCCGUUCAAAAAAUAUCUUCCGCGCAAAAAACGACAGAUUAGAAAUAGUCAAAUAGCAAAUAUUGAGAAGAAUAGAUGCACUUUGAAAAUUGUGGCCGAUUAUGCAUUUUAUUCAAAGUUUAUGAAAAAUAGCAGUGUUGAUGUGACAAGAUAUUUGGUGAGUUUUUUUUUGAAAAAAAUGUUUAUACCUCUGAUAAAAUAUUUCUAUAGGUGAAUAUGAUUGCACGAACAAAUGAAAUAUUCACACGUGUUGAUUGGGAUGAAGAUAGUGAUGAUAUUGGCGAAACCCGAUUAGUCAAUCUAGGAUUUUCCAUCAAAGAAAUCAAAAUUCAAUAUUCCGAAAAUGAGACCGAAACUCAUUACAAUUCAUUUGCUGACAAAUCCCGACCACCUAGCUCAAUUCUAGAAAAUUUUGCAAAAUUCGAAGGAUCUUCCGAUUUCUGCCUUGUUCAUUUAGUUUCCGGUCGAACAUUUAUGAGCGAUGUACUUGGAUUAGCUUACGUUGCAACAGUUUACAGAGAUCCCGGUGGAAUAUGUUCAGAAACAGCAAAGGUUUGUGGUUGUCUGAUUUUAAUAUUAAUAAUUUUUUAUUCAUUUUUCAGAUCGGAAAUCAAAAUACACCUAUGAAUGUUGCAAUGACAUCAGUUUACAAAGGUUCAAUUGAUUCAAGUUAUCCAUUAACAACUAAAGAAAUUGAUAUUGUUGUUGCUCACGGUAAGUUAAAAUUUUGUAAAAUUCUUUUCAAAAAGCACUGUUUCAGAAUACGGUCAUUCAUGGGGUGCAAAUCACGAUCCAGCGAACCUUAACACCGACGAAGAUACAAAAAACUGCGCUCCAGAUUUGGAAUCUGGAGGAUCGUAUUUAAUGCAUCCAACCGCGCAGACUGGUCAUUAUCCAAACAAUGUAUUCUUUUCACCUUGCUCAAAAAAUAAUAUUCGAAAAAUUCUAAAGAAAAAAGCACAAACGUGUUUUGAAAAAGGAAUCUCGAAAUUGUGUGGAAAUGGAAUAAUCGACGAAGGUGAACAAUGUGAUAAUGGUGUUUAUAAUCAAGAAUCAAAAUGUUGUGACAAAAAUUGUCUGCUUCACGAGAAUGCACAAUGCUCUCCAGUUAAUCACGGAUGUUGCACUGAUUUUUGUAUGUUUCAUAAUUCAUCACAUGUUUGUCGAGAAAGUGAUCCGAAGUUUUGCGAAAAGGAAGCGUUUUGCGAGUGAGUAAGAUUAUGAAUCUUCAAAGAAACUGACAUAAUUUUAAAAAAAUAUUUUCAGUGGUGUUUCCGGAGAUUGUCCACGUGGUCCUCCAAUUGAAAAUGGCAAAGAAUGUUUCGAUUUCGGAAAAUGUCGAGAUGGUGUUUGUCUAUCCUAUUGUGAAACAUUAGGAAAGAAAAGUUGUAUCUGUAGAGAGCGUGAGUUUUAUUUUUCACCUUUAAAACUUCAAAAAAAAAACAGAAUUUUUCAGCCGAGCUAUCGUGUCGUAGAUGUUGUGUUGGUGCAAAUGGAAACUGCAUUCCAGAAUUCGGAAGUAUGUAUCUACAAGAUGGAACAGCUUGUAUUCAUGGAGUUUGCCGGAAGGUAAAUUGUUUUUUUUUUUUGAAUACUUCAAAACUAAAUAUGUAUGAAAUUUCAGAAUCGAUGUGUAUAUCAGCAAAUCGAUCAUGUUCGAAACUAUUUCGCAACAUCUUUCGAAAAUGGAAUGAAAUUUGGUUAGUUUCUGAAUUUCAGAUAUUUUCCAAACAAUUGAUUUUUCCAGGUAAACUUGUCAAAUCAAAUUUGGUUAUUAUUGUUGUUUUCAUAGUCACAAUUUGUUAUGGCGGUAUUGUUUUUGUUUUUACUAUGCGGGUUAGUUUUUAUCUACUUAUUGUAAGGGAUUAAAUUAUAAAAUAAAACAUUUUUUCAGGAAAAAUACAUAGAAGGUGUCAUAGAGAAGAAGAAAACAUUUUAG